UUGCUGCGCAGCAUGGCCUCCAUCAGUCCCGAAGGAAAGGAGAAAUACCAGAGCUGGAUUCAAGACGCGUGUCGCAACGCUGUCCACAUUCUGGAAGACAUCAAAUCCUGUCGCCCACCCAUCGAUCACGUUUGCGAACUGCUGCCCCGCUUGCAGCCCCGUUACUACUCCAUCUCGUCGUCUUCUAAGCUGCACCCCACUGAUGUCCACUGGGUAACAUGA